AUGGCGCAACCAGAUCCUAGCCACAGCGUCCCCCAGGACCUGAUGCCUCAUGUCCACCUGGUGUCCUCGUAUCGAUAUCCGACAAUGCCUCGAAUGGACAUGAACGAGGUCGCAAAGUGGCUCAUGACUGCCCCUCAGAUUGCCAGAGACCGCGCUCCAUUCUUCUGGACAUAUCUCGAUAAACCCGCCGACGGCACAAUUCUAUUGACAUGGCAGCCUCUGCAGCGACUAGGCACAAACUUUGCGACAGACGGUUUCGUCUGGGCACCUCCGGAGCAAGUCUAUAAGCAUGAUUUGGGGAAUGGUUUGAUGCUGGAAAUUUACUACCUCAAAGCUGGGUACAUUCCCGGCGAGCAGUAUGCCCUCCACGCCCGACGACGAUUCCGACUGGUACCUGCUCCAGGUCAUCCCAACCCGCCUCACGUUGACAUGAGCCUCUUUAUUGUUCAUUACGGCCCCUCGGAACAGAAUGAUCGCGUCCCUGCCAACAUGGUUCCUUAUGACGAGCGCGUCAACGCCAUCAUGCAACAGCGACAUUUCCUCCUGCGAGGCGGGCAAAUCCGACGAAAGGAGUUUAUGCUCUCCGAUCGUGUCAAUUGGCCUUCUCUUCCCGAAUUGACUCGUCAGCAGAUGGGCCCCCAGAUGGCGCCGAGAGGAGUACCUCAGCAAAUGGCCUACCCUCCACAGCCCGCCCCUGGACCGCCUGCGAAGCGGGCGAGACAUUCGCAAAGCCAGAGCCAGCAGCAACAACAGCAACAGCAGCAACAACAACAACAGCAGCAGCAGCAGCAGCAGCAGCCUGGUAUGCCUCCCUUGGACGCUGCCUUUGACGACGACGAGGAUAUUUCAAGGGGCGAUAUGUUUGAUCACUUGACUCCUAGAGAGAUUUCCCUUGGCCGGUACCAGCAAAACCACGAGUGGAUGGAGGAGAUUCUUUCGUCUGCCUACAGAAUAGGCCAGAUCCAACCGUCAGACCUUAACCUUGGACUCAGAGGCGAGCUGGCCUCUCUAACCGAAGGCAUAUUUACCGCCCAGGGAGGGGAUGCGUUCACACAGUCCCCCGAGAAGCCCUACGUUGGCCGGCUAGAUGCUGGGUUGGCGGAAGAGUUCCGAACACGAGUGGGAAAACACGUCAAGUCUACAGAGGCAGAGAUCAAGAAGCUGGAAGAAGAACAUGCGGAGCUCAUGGCAAGUUUUAAGAAAAGCUCGGCCCUUAAGGUCAAAGAGAAGGAGAUUCGCUCCAUCCCGGACCCUCCUGCGCCGGAAGUAUUUAAGGCGGAGGAGCGGCUGGACAAUGGGGAAGAGGAACGGAAAUCGGCAGUACAGUCAGCCAAGACGCCCUUUGACGAUAUCCUGAAAGAUGUGGAGGCGGCUACCAAGCGCAAGAUUGACGUUCAUCCCGCCAUAAAGAGAGUCCAAGACGGCGGAUACCAGGCUCCCGCACCCAAGCCGCCCACCCCGCCGCCCGCGACGCAAAUGUCCCGACAGCCAUCGCACUCUGGCUCACAGAACAGCGGGUUGAUGAUGGGGGAUUCAGACAUGGACAUGGGAGGCACGGCAGCAGGAUUGCUGGAUCAAAUGCACACUGGAUUCUCGUCCAUGUCGACGCCGGUCAACAACUUCCCGACGCCGCAGCCCCAGGCCUCGACGGCAGUGUCGAAUGCUCCAACGCCAUCAAACGCCAACAAUGCACCGUCUCCGGUGCCGGCAGCGGCACCAACUGGAGCAGCAACCGCGGUGGGCACAGACACCGCAUCAGCACAGCAGGCGAGCACUCAACCCACGGGCGACGUUGACAUGUCGGGAACAGACGGACAGACCAAGCAGCAGGCCGACUCGGCACCAGACCACGGAACCGACAGUGGAGACUGGGUUGUUGUGCCAAAGGGCGGUGCGUCUCCAGAUGGCAAUGCUCCAUCGUCUACGACAGCCGCACCGGCUACAACUGGUGCUGCUACUGCUGAAGCGACUGGCGCAGAGGGUGACCAACAAAAACAGGCUGCCACGGCUACAAAGCCUACAUCAGCAGCGGCCACUCCCGCAGUAACAGACGGCGGUUCCGCCUCAUUUGAUCAAAACGACUUCAGCUCUCUGGGGGAUCUGGACACCGCGGGGGAUGCGUUGGCCGGCUACGACGCCCCGGACCUUGACGGCGAGGCUGGUGGUCUUGGUGAGGAUCUAGACUUGCAGAUGGACAUGGAGGACUCUGCGUUUGGCGACGCAUUCCACGGAGUAGACGCGUCAGGGACGCCGGGUGACACGCAACACCAAGACAUGUAG